AUGGGUGGUGGGAGUAUUUUGUACCUUGGGAUGGUAAUAAGGUGCUUGUUCAAAGAUGUUCCGGUCCCAACACAUCGGAUAGGAGCAGAGGGGCGGUGGAGCUGCUGGUUCUUGGCCGUGAUGAUAUUCAUGUAUUGCAUCUCAGAUAAUGUCCCUAGAGCGUGGCUAGUUGCCUUGCUGCUUAUUAUAGCAGGGAUUUCGAUCGUACAACUCUCUUGGGCUCCGGCAGAAGAUUUUACAUCAAACACUAUGGACGUCACCAUGCUGGUGGGAAUCGUGUUUGCUUUCCUAGGUGUGAUAGGAUCCACUUCUUCAUGGUGCGACUUUAUUGCAACUCUUUUAUAUUUCCCAUUAGUCUUACUCAUCAUCUCCUAUAUUGAUCCUCGGGAACAGGUACUAGAUCAUGAUUUCCAACCAGCUGAUCUGGUCUGA